GGGCAGAACUGGCGCCAUCGGCUCCGCUGCUGUUUCUAUUUGUUAGCGACGCCCCGCUCCGCCGUUGUGCAAUCCGGCUCCGAGACACGCUUCCCGGACAAAGUCGGCGCCGAGUGUCCCCUCUGCUCCCGGCUGUCCUUGCGCUGCAGGCGGAUCCCUAGACCGUAGCUCGAGCCUCGUGUGGACGCGGUGGUGGAACGCUUUUGUUUGGGCCUAGCGCGAAGCAGUCCGUGUCGACGCGAGCAUGGCAGCCGUGGCCGGGAAGAAGACCAAGAAGCCGGAGGAAGAGGAGGCCGCCGCCGCCGCCGCAGCCCCCGCGGCCCCUGAGCCGGCGGCAGAGGCUCCUCCAGCAGAGGUCGCCGAGGAGGAAGAGGAGGAGUACGUGGUGGAGAAGGUGCUGGACCGUCGCGUGCACAAGGGCCGAGUCGAGUUCCUGCUCAAGUGGAAAGGCUUCUCCGAUGAGGACAACACGUGGGAGCCUCAGGACAACCUGGACUGUCCCGACCUGAUCGCGGAGUACAUGGAGAAGCACCACAAGGAGAAGGAGGAGAAGAAGAAGGACGGCAAGAGGAAGUCUGCGGCCAGCUCCGGGGACGCUGACGAGAAGGGCGGCAAGAAGAAGAAAGAGGAGGGAGAGAAAGCGCGAGGGUUCGGUCGAGGUCUCCAGCCCGAGAGGAUCAUCGGGGCCACAGACUCCAGCGGAGAGCUCAUGUUCCUCAUGAAGUGGAAAAACUCUGACGAGGCCGACCUGGUGCCGGCGAAGGAGGCCAACGUCAAGUGUCCACAGGUGGUGAUCUCCUUCUACGAGGAGCGCCUCACCUGGCACUCGUACCCCAGCGAGGAGGAGGAGAAGAAGGAGGAGGAGAAGAAGGACUGAGCGCCCCCCCUCUCUCUCUCUCUCUCUCGGUACCGGUCGGCAAAAAGACGGCGCCCACAGUGUCCCGACUAACCCCCGGACAGUGUGGGCGCCCGUCUUUUUUCGUGUUUGGGAUGUCAAUCAGCACAUGAAUGGACUCAAGUGACAUUUACUCCACCCCUCAUGUGCCACCAAAACCUUCUUCUGAAAAAAAAAAAAAAAACUACGCAAGGAUCUGUCCAACCGCCCAACGACACAAGACGAAAUUGACACUUUUUUUUUUUUUUUUUCUUUUUAAAGCAUCUAGUAUUUUAACCCGAGCUGUUUUGAGUGCAACAAAUCCACUUCCAAUUUGCAUCGAAUCUUGAUUGUAACCACCACGGAAAAGGUUUGUGAACGGAUUCGAGUGUCCCGGAGGAGCGGCGGCGGCGGCGAGUGAAGCGGGGGAGCUCAUUUUAACUUUUUAACGCGCACCUGCCCACGUCCCGCCUUCACUCGGCCGCUUAGAAACGAUCCCGUGCGGACACUGCGCCCCGAACAAACGCCAGAGCUGUGAGUGGGUCUGAAACGGUUAAAAUGUGAAGACUCGUCAUUAAAGAAAUCGAUUUGGCGUUAAAGGAGACCCACCGCGCUCACGUUUUAUCAGAUUUUUAAAAAAAGGGGGUGUUAUUUAUGCGCAACGUUUUUUGGAAAUUUUUGGGGGGAUUUUCUGAAGUGUGCACGAGCUUCGACGCUACAGCUUCACAAACCGGACGCGAUUGGCUCUGGUUUCGCAAACAGGAUGCGCGCCGAUUGUGUCGCGAUAACGUUCAGAAAGGGAAGCGACUUAAUCUGCGUCGAGACUGCAGCCUGAAUGACUCAAAUCUGAUUUUUUUUUCAUCUGUAUGUGACCUGUAUCUGAUCUUUUAAUGACGUCUGAACGACACAGAUCUGAUUUUUUUUUCAAACGUGACCCAGAACACUUGGAUAUCCGCUUCUAAAAUUGAUAAAUAUCUGAUUUUUUUUGACGCGUGAAUUCAGUCUGAACGGCUCAGGCUCGGAGUCGAGUCAAUCGAGGAAAAGCCAAGUUCAUGAAUAUUUGGUCCAAAAUUGGAGGCGUCUUAUCGGAAGCGUUUUUUAAAAGAUGAUUGUCGAAGAAAUGUCCAAGCGAGAGAACGUCAACGAAAAAUGCUCCUGUAUCUGAUCUUUUAAUGACAUCUGAACAACACAGAUCCAAUUUUUUUGCGAAUGUGACCCAGGACACUUUAAUAUUUAUAGAUUUUAGAAGCACAUAUCAGAUUUUUUUGACCCGCGACUUCAGUCUGAACGGCUCAGGCUCGAAGUCGAGUCAAUCGAGGAAAAGCGAUAUUAAUAAGUUCGUGAAUAUUUGGUCCAAAAUUGAAGGCGUCUUAUCGGAAUUGGGCGUUUUUGUUAAAAAUGAUUGUCGACGAAAUGUCCAAGCGAGAGAACGUCAACGAAAAAUAAAAAGCCUGCGAGCCAAAUUCGAGAAGGCUCAAGUCUCAAACAAACGAAGCGGCUGUGGACGUGUAACCUGUCCAUUUUACGAAGAACUGGACCGUAUUUUGCAGCCUGAAGUGACCCAAAUCAGAUUUUUUUUCUCCCCAAUUCUCCUGUAUCUGAUCUUUUAAUGGCGUCUGAACGACACGGAUCUGAUUUAUUUAUUUUUUCCAAACUUGACCCAGAACACUUGGAUAUUUAUCGAUUUUAGAAGCACAUAUCCGAUUUUUUUUGAUGCGCGACUUCAGUCUGAACGGCUCAGGCUCGGAGUCGAGUCAAUCGAAGGAAAAAGCGACGUUAAGUUCAUGAAGAUUUGGUCAGAAAUUGGAGAGGUCUUAUCGGAAUUGGGCAAUUUUUUAAAAAUGAUUGUCGAUGAAAUGUCCAAGCGAGAGAACGUCAACGAAAAAUAAAAAGCCUGCGAGCCAAAUUCGAGAAGGCUCAAGUCUCAAACAAACGAAGCGGCCGUGGACGUGUAACCUGUCCAUUUUACGAAGAACUGGACCGUAUUUUGCAGCCUGAAGUGUGACCCAAAUCAGAUUUUUUUUCUCCCCAAUUCUCCUGUAUCUGAUCUUUUAAUGGCGUCUGAACGACACGGAUCUGAUUUAUUUAUUUUUUCCAAACUUGACCCAGAACACUUGGAUAUUUAUCGAUUUUAGAAGCACAUAUCCGAUUUUUUUUGAUGCGCGACUUCAGUCUGAACGGCUCAGGCUCGGAGUCGAGUCGAUCGAAGGAAAAAGCGACGUUAAGUUCAUGAAGAUUUGGUCAGAAAUUGGAGAGGUCUUAUCGGAAUUGGGCAAUUUUUAAAAUGAUUGUCGAUGAAAUGUCCAAGCGAGAGAACGUCAACGAAAAAUAAAAAGCCUGCGAGCCAAAUUCAGGGACUCUAAAGUCUCAAACAAACUAAGCGGUCGUGGACGUGUAACCUGUUAGUUUUUAACCGUAUUUUGUGAGAUGAACUCGGCGUUUAGUUGACUUCCAUGAACACUGAACGGACACUUUUUGCGUUUAAAGUUCGCACUGGAGAUUAAUCGGAAACGUGAACGAAAAGCGACGUUAACAAGUUCAUGAAUAUUUGGUCCAAAAUUGGAGAGGUCUUAUUCGGAAUUGGGCUUUUUUUUUUUUUUUUUUUUAAAUGAUUGUCGACGAAAUGUCCGAACGAGAGAACGUCAACGAAAAAUAAAAAGCCUGCGAGCCAAAUUCGAGAAGGUUGGACGAAGCGGCCAUGGACUUGUAACCUGUCCAUUUUCCGAAGAACUGGACCGGAUUUCGCCCAACGUUUUGGCGACUUCCGUAAAGUUCACACGUACAAGUCGCGUUUCACUGAAAACGUGAAGGACCUCGCUUAAAAAAAAAAAUCUGAUUUCACAAUAAAAUCCCUGCAGUCUGAACGUCGCCUUAGUCAAGAGUCAAAACGAAACUGAAACUUCUAAAACACAUUGGCACGUCGUUUUACAGUUUCAAAACGAUAAAAGAUGACGUCGUGAUCAAAAAUUUAUGCGCAAUACCCCCUUUUUAACAUUUCCUCAUCGUAAAUCUUACUUCCAGAAGAGAAACCCGCGACAUUUUAAACUUUAAAAACACUUCCGCGAGUAUUCAACGGGUCUCCUUUAACGCCCGCCCGUUGUUGUUUUUUUUUUUUUCGAAUUUUCCGCUGUGUUUUCGGCUGCUGCACGCGGGCAACGUUCAAACACCUCCGCCGCGUCACCCCCCCCCGCUCGUCGUGUGCUCGUAGAAUGUUCCAUGUUAGUUAAAACGUUCAUCCAGGAGGGUAUUUUUUGCUAUUGGCGAACGUCGUUUUUGAAUGUUGCCCGUUCGACCAGUCAGUGUUGUUCUGCCAUUUUUCUUUUCUGUGUUGCAUGAUGACGAACCCGACGCACCUUCGCGCACCGUGGCUCUACCAGACGACUUUUUUUAUUUGUAUUUUUUCCCCCAUAGGACAAAAUGGCGGACAGGCGUUUCCCCGGAAGUCAUCGAGUGGCGUUUUCUUUAGUAUUUUAGAUCUUUCUACAGUGUUUUACGUCGGUUAUAUUUGGCGCUUCUCUUUUUUCAGUGCUGUAUCGUAGCUUAAUUCACUUUUCUAUCUGCUCUCCGAUAUUGUACGUAGUUUAGUCCGUGCCGUCCCGUUGCAUGUUCUUUGGUUCAUUUAGCUACUGUCUCAUAAAGUUGAUUCUACAAUAAAGUAUUUUUUGUUUUCGUAAA